AUGAUUGUUGCAAUCCCCAACAGAAAAGGGUGGAUGAAUUUUUUGGCGGUAGGCAACUGGCCGGACGCGUUUUAUAAGGAAAUUCAAAGCAUGCACCGAGCAUUCCUCGCUGCAGACGAUGAGUAUGAUGGCUUCGAAGUCGUAGAACAUCUGCAGUAUCGGGUCAACACGCUAGUUCUAAAAUGCCUUGACUUUGAUGACUUCGAAAAGAAGAUGAAUACUGCCCGCGACAUACCAUAUUGGCACCCACAUGCAAACACAAUUGUGUAUUACGAGAAUGCUGAGGAAAGCAAUGACAUAAUAGCCAAGAUAUUAUUUAUAUUGUGGUAUUACAAAAUGUGUAAUGCCAUCCUGCUACAAUAUAAUGAUGACACCGAAAAGUUUACAGUCACGCAUUACAAUCCAUACAUCAGCGAACAUUUCAAGUUAAAAUACAGCUAUGGAUGCUGGACUACGAAGAAGAUUACUUAUCCAAUAGAGAAUUUUGAGAAGAGCUUCACGUGUACAGAAGGUUGCCACAAUGUAACCGUACGCUCUAAAUUACGGGCGGACCAUCUUGGAACUUGUAUUGGCUUUGAAACUAUUGUGAAAAGUUACGAAGAUAAUGCUUCGUCUUUAGGCAGCUCAUUAUUCAAUGACAAAACCAAAGAUUUGCAUGGCUUUACUCUUAGGGCAUAUGUAAAAGAUGUAGUACCUUUUGUGAGAAUAAACGUAAAUGAUGACGGAACGUACACCCUAAAUGGACGAGAUGGAUUGGUCUGGGCUACGUUGUCCCAGAACAUGAAUUUUAGCUUAGACUUUUCUCCCAGCGAAAAAAUAAUGAAAGGCCCUUUCGACUUCGAAGAAAGCAUCCAACAGAUAUUCGAAUUCGCACAACGGAGAGGCGACUUGCUCCUCAUACCAAUUUACCAGUUCGACCUCGUCAUUGUCGAGAUAGAUAUGACCACAGCUUUUAAAGCAAGUGGUGUGUGCUUUAUGGCCCAUCGCGCUGGUUUUGAAACGACUUUAUUCGACGUGAAAGUGCUCCUAAAAAACUACACGUUAGUGAUCAAAUUCGUGUUCUGCUUUUUAGGCACCUGGUUCGUAUUCUUCAUUUUCAACUUCGUAGAAAAAGGCUCUACAAGUUUUGAUCAGUUCGGCAAAGACUUGAUCAAUGCAUACCGAAACAUGUUAUCUGUGAGUUUAUUUAAACCACCUAAGAAACAGACGUUUAGGAUGUUUUUGUUCUUUUCGAUUUGGAGUUUCUUUGCCAUUAAUUUUGUUACACAAGCAGCUAUAAUAUCGUUCUUCAGUGCACAUAAGAGAGGCAAAGAUGUGGACACGUACGACGAUAUAAUCGAAAAAGGAUAUCCAAUAGAAGGCAUGGCGUCACCUGAUGUUGUACUGCCGGAUACAGAAGAAAAAUUUAGGAAGAUCAAUUCGAAGCUCGUUCCUAUCCAAGAUAUAUUUGGCUGCGUUAACCACAUGAGCAAUGAUAGUCGAAGAUUUUGUCUCAUCGAUUGUUCGGUAGGUCGGUAUUUGGAACGCAACAAACUGAACGACAAAGGAGAGCAGUAUCUACAUAUAACUAAGGACCAAAUUCAUAAUUAUUAUACCAACUUUAUUUUUCAUAGAAAUUCUCCGAUGAGCGAUCAAUUUAACCGGAUAAUGCUAAUUUAUUUACAAGCUGGGCUGGUUGACAAAUGGGAGCAAUAUCGAUUUACCGAUAUAAAAGACGAAGCCCUUAUUAAAGCUUUGGACAUGAGUGAUCUGGGAGGAGUUUUUAAAUGUUAUUUUCUUUUGACGAUAAUUUCAUGUGUAUUCUUUGCUAUUGAAGUAGCUAUAGGAUUAAUACAACGCAUCAAACAGUUCACCACAGCAAGGUUCUUGGAGUGGAAGAAGAAUCGCGCUAUAAAGAAACACCUGAAACGUACAAAUAAAGGUCCCGUUAAAUUAGUCAAUAGCUUCACACAGACUACUUAA